CCCUCAGUGGCUUCCUCGAGGUCAGGCGUUCUGGUAUCGCCGGAAGACGGGCGAAAAGACUGCCAAAUUUAUCCUCGUGGAUAUUCCGCGCGUCCUGCGUUUGACCACGCGCAGCUUGCCAACGCACUGGAGGAAUACGCAGGAGGAACCAAGAUCUAUUCGGAAGCGCUGUCAUUUUCUUGGAUAGAGCUGGAGGACUCAGCUGUCCGCUUCCGCUUUGAGGGUCAGAUAUGGCAGUAUCAGCCUGGAAAAAAACCUCAUAAAAUGGCCUGGAGAGGAAACAAGACGCUCAUGCGGAGGCAGGAGCCUUCUAUGAGCAAUCAUGCAAGCGAGAUUGCCUCGAUUAAUUUCAUCAACUGUACGAGGGCUCCACUAAACCUGUAUGAUGUGAACAAAGAGGGCGUAGAGGAGUUUUUCAUGCUUUUGUCAGUAGGAAAGCAACUGGUUCAGAAGACUCAUGCCGGAAUGUUCUGGCGAUUUGAAGAUCGUGAUCCACGUCAGUUGAGAGACAUCUACAGUGUGCCGGAUGUGGGACACAGCACUGUUGUUGUGGGCGAGGUUGAUGUUGAUAAAUAUUUGGGCCCUGGGAAUGAUCUCCCUGAGGAUUGGUCGCAGCGAAGGGAUAGCAAUGGCCGCAUCUAUUGCUUGGACCACAACACGAAGACUACUCAUUGGGACCUUCCUGCCAUCCUGGAUGAUUCGAAGAACCAGGAAGCCGCUGCAAAAAGACAACCCGACGGCGAAUCCAAGAGUAAUGAAGUGACUCAGACCGAGCAGGUGGAUAAUGAUGAUAGAUCGACAGACAGCUACGAUGACCAUCUCAAAGUAGGAGGUCUUCAUGUAUUUGUUGAAAAGGGCAGCCUCUGGCUGAAAGAUAAUGAUGGAAUCGAGACCCAGCUCUCUGAGCCAAAACUUGAAGGCUUUCGCCAUGCAAAAGAGACAGUCUAUGUAUCUCCCGACAAGAAUUUUGUUGUCGCUUGGGAGUAUACCCAUCCUACUGAAACGAAAGAGUUGGGGAUCGACUAUAGCCCUGAUACUUCAAAUCACCCAAGGCUGGUUGAAACGCCGAGUAAGUUGCUUGGGGAUGACCCUGGAUUUGACCGGCCUCGCCUAUUUAACCUUGCCUUAAAAUGUGAAGCCAAGAUAGCAGACGAUGUCUUUAGUCCGGAUAGUUCUGAGUACCGGCUUUCAUUUGAUGGACGCGUGCAUCAAGUUUUGAAAGUAUUGGCCGUCGAUCAGACCGGAUCCAUCCUAGUGUUGCAUAAAGAAGAGACUCGAACAUUAAUUUGGGCCAGCGAGAGAGAUGGCUAUAAUCAUCUCUAUCUGAUCGCUUUACAACAGGGCAGAAUACAGCAUCAGGUCACCCAGGGGCACUGGAAUGUCCAUAUGGUUGAAUCGAUUGACGAAGAGUAUGAGCAAGACAGGGUUUCUACCUACGGGUUUUAUAAAUAUGAAGACCCCUAUUAUGUAUACCUCAUACGUGUCAAUUUCGAUGGCUCUAAUGUUCAGCCCCUGACACAGGGUGAUGGAACGCAUUCCUGGAGCUGGCCGAUGGAUAGUCGGAAGUAUUUUGUUGAUUCUUGGUCCCGAGUUGAUCUUCUGCCACAGACCAUGGUACGGUGCGGCAUAACAGGUAUCUCCGGAUUGAAAAUUGAGGGAACAUCUGUUAAGGUAUUAAAACAAAAGGGUUGGGUUCCUCCAGACAUCAUCAUCAAACCAUCCAACUUCAGCAAAUUCAAGCCCCAGAAGUAUCCGAUUGUUGAAGAUAUCUAUGCAGGGCCAUAUUACUUCUUCACACCAAAGGGUUUUAGUGAAGUGAUACAU